CACAAACUGAAAUUUAUUACUCGGCAGGGGUGACGAGUGAGUCAAAGUCCAGCCCAACUCCUGCCAAACGUAUACCCGAGAACUCUCCGUUUCCGGGAACCCAGACGCGACAGUAACAUCUCGGUGCCCCUUCUUGUUCAAGAGGACCUCGGUGUGGGUUGCCCAGCAUGUCGAUCGACUUUCCGAAGGAGGAGGAGGCCAUCAUCGCCAGAUGGCGCGAGAUCAAAGCCUUUGAGCGACAGGUCGAGCUCUCUAAAGGGAACCCGAAUUACACCUUUUUCGAUGGACCGCCCUUCGCGACUGGCCUCCCCCAUUACGGCCAUUUGCUCGCCUCGACCAUCAAGGACAUUAUCCCGAGGUACUGGUCCAUGAAGGGCUACCACGUCGAGCGCCGUUUCGGCUGGGACACCCAUGGCCUACCUAUCGAGCACGAAAUCGACAAGAAGCUUGGCAUUUCGGGCAAGGCUGCCGUCAUGGAGUUGGGCUUGGAAAAGUACAACGCCGAGUGUCGGGCUAUUGUGAUGAGGUACCGUGAGGAAUGGAGGCACACGAUUGAACGCCUGGGUCGCUGGAUUGACUUUGAUAACGACUACAAGACCAUGGACCGGACAUUCAUGGAAUCCGAGUGGUGGGUGUUCAAGCAGAUCUUUGACAAGGGCCAGGUGUAUCAAGGGUACCGCGUGAUGCCCUACUCUACGGCCCUCACGACUGCCCUGAGCAACUUCGAGGCCAACCAGAACUACCAAGACGUAACCGACCCGGCAAUUGUCGUCUCCUUCCCCCUCAAUGAUGAUCCCGAAACGAGCUUUCUCGCUUGGACGACCACCCCGUGGACGCUGCCAUCCCACCUGGCCCUAGCAGCUCACCCGGACUUUGAGUACAUCAAGAUCCACGACGAAAAGUCGGGGAAGAACUACAUCUUGCUGGAGAAGCUCCUUGGGACCCUAUACAAAGAUCCCAAGAAGGCCAAGUUCAAGGUGCUUCAGAAGUUCAAGGGCAAAGAGAUGCUUGGAUGGAAGUACCAGCCACCGUUCAACUACUUUUACGAAGAGUACAAAGAUGUCGCGUUCAAGCUACUCAACGCGACGUACGUCACCGACGACAGUGGUACCGGCAUUGUCCACCAAGCCCCGGCGUUCGGUGAAGACGAUUACAACGUUGCUGUUGAAAACGGCAUCGUGACCGAGAAACGCCCACCUCCCGAUCCGGUGGAUGAUGCCGGCCGGUUCACCAGCAAGGUGUCAGACUUUGCGGGCAUGCACGUCAAGGAGGCCGACAAGCACAUCAUCAAGCACCUGAAGAACUCUGGUAGGCUGGUCGUGGAGUCACAAUUCAAGCACUCGUAUCCAAUGUGCUACCGCUCCGACACGCCCCUGAUCUACAAGGCGGUGCCAUCCUGGUUCGUGCGCAUUCCUGAGAUCAUCCCUCAAAUGCUUAAGAACAUUGAGGGCUCCCACUGGGUCCCGUCAUUCGUCAAGGACAAGCGCUUCGCUAGCUGGAUUUCCAAUGCGCGCGACUGGAACGUGUCCCGGAACCGGUAUUGGGGUACCCCCAUCCCACUCUGGGUGAGCGACGACCUAGAGGAGCGUGUAUGCGUGGGAAGUAUCGCCGAGCUCAAGGAGCUCAGCGGCUACGAGGGUGAGAUUACCGACCUCCACCGCGACAAGAUCGACCACAUCACCAUCCCUAGCAAGCAAGGCAAGGGCACUCUGAGGCGGGUAGAAGAAGUGUUCGACUGCUGGUUUGAGUCUGGAAGCAUGCCAUACGCCAGCAAGCACUAUCCUUUCGAAAAUCAAGAGCAGUUUGCGAAGUCCUUCCCUGGCGACUUCAUCGCCGAGGGCCUCGAUCAGACGAGGGGCUGGUUCUACACUCUGUUGGUUCUCGGCACGCACCUCUUCGGUGUUUCACCCUUCAAAAACUGUGUCGUCAAUGGCAUCGUGCUAGCAGAGGAUGGCAAGAAGAUGUCGAAGCGCCUCAAGAACUACCCAGAUCCGAACCUCAUCAUGGCCAAGUACGGGUCUGAUGCGCUCCGUCUGUACCUCAUCAACUCGCCCGUGGUGCGCGGAGAGCCUCUCCGAUUCAAGGAGUCGGGUGUCAAGGAGGUUGUUGCUAAGGUUCUCCUCCCCCUGUGGAACAGUUACAAGUUCUUUGAAGGCCAGAUUGCCUUGCUCAAGAAGAUGGAGAAUGUCGAUUACGUGUUCGACCCGAGCAUGGAGUCGUCGAAUACCAACGUGAUGGAUAAGUGGAUUUUGGCUAGCUGUCAGAGCUUGCUCAAGUUCGUCAAUGAGGAGAUGGCGGCUUACCGUUUGUACACGGUCGUGCCGAAGCUUCUUGAACUGAUCGACAACACGACGAACUGGUACAUCCGAUUCAACCGCAAGCGUCUCAAGGGUGAGAACGGUCUCAACGACACCCUCCACGCGUUGAACACCCUGUUCGAGGUGCUCUUUACUCUCUGCCGCGGCCUCGCGCCCUUCACGCCCUUCCUCACGGACAAUAUUUACCUACGAUUGCUCCCUCAUAUUCCCGAACACCUCCGGGGCCCGGAUCCCAGAAGCGUCCACUUCCUGCCCUUCCCGGAAGUGCGGCAGGAGCUUUUCAAUGCUGAAAUUGAACGGCGAGUGCAGCGGAUGCAGAAGGUCAUCGAACUGGCGCGGUACUCCCGCGAGAAGCGAAAUAUCGGCCUCAAGCAGCCGUUGAAAACCCUUAUUGUCAUUCACCAUGAUCCUCAGUAUCUGGAGGACGUGGGAUCGCUUCAAGGUUAUAUCGCCGAGGAGCUGAAUGUUCGCGAUCUGGUUUUGACCUCGGACGAGGCCAAAUAUGGGGUGCAGUACAGUGUUACGGCGGACUGGCCAGUGCUUGGCAAGAAGCUCAAGAAGGAUAUGGCCCGUGUCAAGAAGGCUCUUCCCAACGUCACAAGUGAGGAAGCUCAUGGCUAUGCCACCACCGGCAAGCUUGUUGUCGACGGCAUCACUCUUACUGAAGGUGAUCUGGUUGUCAAGCGUGGGCUCAAGGAGGACGACUCCUCCAAGAACCUCGAAACCAACACGGACAAUGAUGUUCUCACGAUCCUUGAUGUCGAGAUCUACCCUGGUUUAGCCGAGGAGGGUCUUGCCCGUGAGAUCAUCAACCGGGUUCAGCGGCUACGGAAGAAGGCGGGCUUACAGCCAACGGACGACGUCAAGAUGGAGUACCAGGUCCUGUCUGACCCGGAGCAGACCGGCAUCGAGAAGGUGUUUGAGACGCAUAAGCCGACCAUUUUGAAGGCGCUGCGGAGGGCACUAGAUAAGCACGAGGCGACGCAUGUCGACGGCCAAGUUUCGGACAAGAAGGAGGAGGGUCUCAUUGCGGAAGAGGAACAGGAAGUGGGCAAGGCGACCUUCCUUUUGCGGCUGUUGAAGUUGUAGAGCGUUACGCCGGCUGAUGAAACAAAUGAUUCAUUGUUGAACAGCCGCUAUGCUUAUCGGUUCAUGAGCUAAGCAUGCAGCAAAAUAGAAUUGAGUGUGAUUACUUGCUGUGUAAUCUAAACCAUGGUCGUCACUUUUUCCCCUUCGCGGCGGCCUGCUUCAAUGUAAGAGGAUCGGUUUGCUACUUGCUGGAGCAAAAAGGGACCCGAAAAUCGUACCAAAUAGCAAUCCUUGAGCUUCAUGAAUUCUUUGACGCACUUAUCUUUGUGGACCGAAUUAUAAUCUGCAAAAACACAUUGGCCAUAUACAGCAGC